UAACACCAGAAAAAUGUCUGCCGACGUCGCUACCACCCCCACCGCUGACAACGCCGUCAACGGCGCUGCUGAGGCCAGCCCCGCUGCCCCGGCCGCCGAGGUCACUGCCGUUGAGAACGCGACCCCGGCUCCCAACGCCAACAACCAGCCCCACUCCGCUUCGCUGUAUGUCGGUGAACUCGACCCCUCCGUGACCGAGGCCAUGCUCUACGAGCUCUUCUCCUCCAUCGGCCAGGUCGCCUCCAUCCGUGUCUGCCGUGACGCCGUGACCAGACGCUCUCUCGGAUACGCCUACGUCAACUACAACAACACCGCCGACGGUGAGCGUGCCCUGGAGGACCUCAACUACACCCUGAUCAAGGGCAAGCCCUGCCGUAUCAUGUGGUCCCAGCGUGACCCCGCCCUCCGCAAGACCGGCCAGGGUAACGUCUUCAUCAAGAACCUCGACAACGCCAUCGACAACAAGGCUCUCCACGACACCUUCGCCGCCUUCGGCAACAUUCUCAGCUGCAAGGUCGCUCAGGAUGAGUUCGGCAACUCCAAGGGAUACGGUUUCGUUCACUACGAGACCGCCGAGGCUGCCAACAACGCCAUCAAGCACGUCAACGGCAUGCUGCUGAACGACAAGAAGGUCUUCGUCGGCCACCACAUCUCCAAGAAGGACCGCCAGAGCAAGUUCGAGGAGAUGAAGGCCAACUUCACCAACGUCUACAUCAAGAACCUGGACACCGACGUCGAGGACGAGGAGUUCCGUAAGAUGUUCGAGGCGUUCGGUGAGAUCACCUCCGCCACCCUCAGCCGUGACCAGGAGGGCAAGAGCCGUGGUUUCGGUUUCGUCAACUUCUCCACCCACGAGAGCGCGCAGGCCGCCGUCGAUGAGAUGAACGACAAGGAGAUCCGCACCCAGAAGCUCUACGUUGGCCGUGCCCAGAAGAAGCACGAGCGCGAGGAGGAGCUCCGCAAGCAGUACGAGGCUGCCCGUCUGGAGAAGGCCUCCAAGUACCAGGGUGUCAACCUGUACGUGAAGAACCUGACCGACGACAUUGACGACGAGAAGCUGCGUGAGCUGUUCGCUCCCUACGGCACCAUCACCUCCGCCAAGGUCAUGCGCGACACCAACGUCGAGCGCAGCCCGUCCCCCGACUCCGCUGGUAAGGAGAAGGAGGCCAACAAGGAGAACGAGAAGGAGGCUGAGGUCGAGAAGACCGAGGAGGAGCAGCCCGCCGAGUCCUCCGAGGAGAACAAGGAGGGCAAGAAGUCCGAGAAGAAGCCCUACGGCAAGAGCAAGGGUUUCGGUUUCGUCUGCUUCAGCAGCCCCGAUGAGGCUUCCAAGGCCGUCACCGAGAUGAACCAGAGAAUGGUCAACGCCAAGCCCCUCUACGUCGCCCUUGCUCAGCGCAAGGAUGUCCGCAGAAGCCAGCUCGAGGCCAGCAUCCAGGCUCGCAACACCAUCAGGCAGCAGCAGGCCGCCGCCGCCGCCGGCAUGCCCCAGCCUUACAUGCAGCCCGCCGUCUUCUACGGUCCCGGCCAGCAGGGCUUCAUUCCCGGUGGCCAGCGUGGUAUGGCUUUCCCCCCUCAGCCCGGUAUGGUGAUGGGCAUCCCCGGCGGACGCCCCGGCCAGUACCCCGGUCCCUUCCCCGGCCAGCAGGGUGGUCGUGGCAUGGGUCCUAACCAGCAGCUCCCCCCCAACUUCGCUCAGGGUAUGCCCAUGGGCAUGCAGGGCCCCGGUGGCAUCCCCAACGGCAUGGGUUACCCCCAGGCCAUGGGUCAGGUGCAGUUCGGACGCGGUGCUGGUGGCCGUGGUCAGGUCCCCGGAAUGCCCAUGGGUCAGGGUAUGCGUGGUGGUCCCGGUUACGGACAGGGCCGUGGCGGUGCUCCUCUUCCUCAGGGUCAGAUGCGUCCUGGCCAGGGUGGUCGUGGACAGAACGCUGCUCAGCCCGCUGCCGGCCGUGAGGAGGGUGCUCCUGCUGGCGGUAUCAACUCUCAGAACCUCACUUCCAUCCCCCCUGCUCAGCAGAAGCAGAUGCUGGGUGAGGCCCUCUACCCCAAGAUCCAGGCCCAGCAGCCCGAGCUGGCUGGUAAGAUCACUGGUAUGCUUCUGGAGAUGGACAACACCGAGUUGGUCAGCCUGCUCGAGGAUGAGGAGGCUCUCCGCGCCAAGGUCGACGAGGCCCUCAGCGUGUACGAUGAGUACAUGAAGAACAAGGGUGGCGACGAGCCUGCUGGCGAGCCCGCCAAGCCCGAGGAGGCCGCCCAGGAGCCCGCCACCGAGGAGAACAAGUCGUAAAUUGCGUCUUCGUUCCCCCGCCGAUGGGUUGAUUAGCCGUCGCCGUGUCGGAAUUUUGAUCCGUUUAUUUUUGAUGACCUCGAUUCCUUCUACUCGAAUUAACGAUUUCCCACCCAUUUCUCUUACCCCCCCCCCCC